AUGAGCACCAUGCGGCUGCUGCUGCUCGCCCUGCUCUUCUCCUCCUCCUUCGCCCGCGCCGGCUGCGACCCCAAGAUCGUCAACAUCGGCGCGGUGCUGAGCACCAAGAAGCACGAGCAGAUCUUCCGCGAGGCGGUGAACCAGGCCAACAAGCGGCACGGCACCUGGAAGCUCCAGCUCAACGCCACCUCGGUCACGCACAAGCCCAACGCCAUCCAGAUGGCCCUCUCCGUCUGCGAGGACCUCAUCUCCAGCCAGGUCUAUGCAAUAUUAGUUAGUCACCCUCCUGCUCCCAACGAUCACCUAACACCAACACCCGUAUCAUACACAGCUGGCUUCUACAGGAUCCCUGUCAUUGGUCUGACAACACGCAUGUCUAUAUAUUCUGAUAAGAGCAUCCACCUGUCCUUUUUGCGCACAGUCCCACCAUACUCUCACCAGGCCAAUGUCUGGUUUGAGAUGAUGAGAGUCUUCAACUGGAAUCACGUCAUUCUGAUAGUCAGUGACGACCACGAAGGUCGUGCUGCACAAAAGAAGCUGGAGACCCUCUUGGAGGAGAGAGAGUCCAAGGCUGAGAAAGUGCUUCAGUUUGACCCUGGAACCAAAAACGUGACGUCACUGCUGCUGGAGGCUAAGGAGCUGGAGGCUCGUGUCAUCAUCCUUUCUGCCAGUGAGGAUGAUGCGGCCACGGUGUACAGAUCAGCAGCCAUGCUCAAUAUGACGGGCUCCGGCUACGUGUGGCUGGUGGGGGAACGGGAGAUAUCGGGCAAUGCUCUGCGUUAUGCCCCUGAUGGAGUGAUCGGUUUGCAGCUCAUCAACGGGAAGAACGAGUCAGCCCACAUCAGCGACGCUGUCGCGGUGGUGGCCCAGGCCGUGCACGACUUGUUUGAGAAGGAGAAUAUCACAGACCCACCGCGGGGCUGUGUGGGCAACACCAACAUCUGGAAGACAGGACCCCUUUUCAAGAGGGUGUUGAUGUCCUCCAAGUACUCAGAGGGUGUCACCGGCCGGGUGGAAUUCAAUGAGGAUGGAGACCGGAAGUUUGCCAACUACAGCAUCAUGAACCUGCAGAAUCGGAAAUUGGUCCAGGUUGGGAUUUACAACGGCAGCCAUGUCUUGACCAACGACCGGAAGAUUAUCUGGCCAGGAGGAGAAACAGAGAAACCUCAAGGCUAUCAGAUGUCGACCAAGUUAAAGAUCGUGACGAUCCACCAAGAGCCCUUUGUGUAUGUGAAGCCCACGCAAGCAGACGGGACAUGCAGGGAGGAAUUCACCAUCAAUGGAGACCCUGUGAAAAAGGUCUUUUGCACUGGACCCAACGAGACCAUCCCAGGCCGCCCCACCGUGGCACUGUGCUGCUACGGCUUCUGCAUCGACCUGCUCAUCCGGCUGGCAGGAGUGAUGAACUUCACCUAUGAGGUUCACCUGGUGGCUGAUGGUAAAUUUGGUACCCAAGAGCGGGUUAACAACAGCAACAAGAAAGAGUGGAACGGGAUGAUGGGGGAGCUGCUGAGUGGCCAAGCGGACAUGAUUGUGGCUCCCCUCACCAUCAACAACGAGCGGGCACAGUACAUUGAGUUCUCCAAGCCCUUCAAGUACCAGGGCCUCACCAUCCUUGUGAAGAAGGAAAUCCCCCGCAGCACCUUGGACUCGUUUAUGCAGCCUUUCCAGAGCACGCUUUGGCUGCUGGUGGGGCUGUCUGUGCACGUGGUGGCAGUGAUGUUGUACCUCUUAGAUCGAUUCAGUCCGUUUGGCCGGUUCAAAGUGAACAGCGAGGAGGAGGAGGAAGAUGCCCUGACCCUCUCCUCGGCCAUGUGGUUCUCCUGGGGAGUCCUGCUGAACUCCGGCAUCGGAGAAGGUGCUCCCCGGAGUUUCUCUGCCCGUAUUCUUGGCAUGGUGUGGGCCGGCUUUGCUAUGAUCAUUGUGGCUUCAUACACUGCCAACCUGGCAGCCUUCCUGGUGUUAGAUCGGCCUGAGGAGAGAAUUACGGGCAUCAAUGACCCCCGGCUGCGCAACCCCUCUGAUAAGUUCAUCUAUGCCACGGUGAAGCAGAGCUCGGUGGACAUCUACUUCCGACGGCAGGUGGAGCUGAGCACCAUGUACCGGCACAUGGAGAAGCACAACUAUGAGAGCGCUGCCGAAGCCAUCCAGGCAGUGAGGGACAACAAGCUCCACGCCUUCAUCUGGGACUCGGCAGUGCUGGAGUUCGAGGCCUCCCAGAAGUGUGACCUGGUGACGACGGGGGAGCUUUUCUUCCGCUCCGGCUUUGGGAUUGGGAUGCGCAAGGACAGCCCGUGGAAGCAGAACGUCUCCCUGGCCAUCCUAAAGUCCCACGAGAACGGCUUCAUGGAGGAUUUGGACAAGACUUGGGUGAGGUAUCAGGAGUGUGAUUCCCGUAGCAAUGCCCCAGCAACACUCACCUUUGAAAAUAUGGCAGGUGUGUUUAUGCUGGUGGCUGGAGGUAUUGUUGCCGGGAUAUUUUUAAUAUUCAUAGAAAUAGCUUACAAAAGGCAUAAGGACGCGCGGAGGAAGCAGAUGCAGCUGGCGUUUGCGGCCGUUAAUGUGUGGAGGAAAAACCUGCAGGAUAGAAAAAGUGGUAGAGCAGAACCUGACCCUAAAAAGAAAGCCACUUUUAGGUCCAUCACCUCCACCCUGGCCUCCAGCUUCAAGAGACGUAGGUCCUCCAAGGAUACGCCCUGCAGAAUGGUCCCUCAGGAGUGCCAGAGAGACAGGCUGGCACCAUGGAGCCAAGACAGCCCUGGGAAGCUACCACCCCACUCUGAACGUCCUAGCGCCCACCAUCACCCGAGCUGCACAGCCUCUCCGCGGCACAUCAUCCCCACCGCCCCAGGAGGAGAUGCAUGUGUUCCCCAUAGGCAGCUCCUGCAACUCGAAUAG